AGUUCAAACCGGAAACGCUGGAACGAAAGCAGUCAUGGCGUCCACAGCGGCGGCUCGGUCUGUAGCUGGUGCUGCUAAAGUCGUUAAACCCAUUUUAAGCCGCGACCUGGACGACGCCAAGCGAAGGGUCCGGGAGCUGUACCGAGCCUGGUACCGAGAGAUCCCCAACACAGUGGCAGUGUUUCAGCUAGACAUCUCAACGCGUCAGGGAAGAGAGAAAGUGAGGGAGAUGUUUGACAAAAACAAGCAUGUCACAGACCCCCGUGUGAUUGACAUGUUAGUCAUUAAGGGGAAAAUGGAACUGCAGGAAACAAUCCAUGUCUGGAAGCAGAAGACCCACAUAAUGCGAUAUUUCCAGGAGAGUGAGGAAGCUCGUCCCACUGACUUCCUGUCCAAAUUCUACCAUGGUCACGACCCGUGAACUGUGUAGCUAUCUGCUCACCUCUGACCCCCCUUUGCUUGUGUCCAGUGUGACAGUGUUCCCCUUUACCCUUUAUUGUAAAUAUACACUUAACACUCACAAA